AUGGGUACAUUCGGAAGCUUCAGAAAGGCUUAUGGGGCGCUCAAAGACUCCACCACGGUUGGCCUUGCAAAGGUCAAUAGCGAAUUCAAGGAUUUGGACGUUGCCAUUGUCAAAGCCACGAGUCAUGUCGAAUGUCCGCCAAAAGAACGCCACGUUAGAAAGAUCUUUUCUGUUACAUCAGUAGUUGUACCACGGGCAGAUGUUGCAUACUGCAUUCACGCGCUGUAUAGGAGAUUAUCGAGGACUAAAAAUUGGAUCGUUGCCAUAAAGACAUUGAUAGUGUUUCAUAGGACAUUAAGGGAAGGUGAUCCUUCCUUUAGAGAAGAGUUACUUAAUUAUUCACACCCGGGACAAGUUUUCCUAGUGUCCAAUUUCAAAGAUGACUCGAGCCCUCUUGCUUGGGAUUGCUCAGCAUGGGUUCGAACGUAUGGAAUGUUUAUUGAGGAACGGCUAGAAUGUUUUAGAGUGUUAAAAUAUGAUAUCGAGUCCGAGCGAUUGACUAAAUAUGGAAUAGAGACGUAUAGUAGAAGACGAGCGAUGAGUGGUGAUGAGCUACUAGAGCAACUUUCUGCAAUGCAACAAUUAUUGUAUCGUCUUAUUGGAUGUCAGCCCGAAGGAGCGGCUUACCGCAACUAUCUUGUGCAAUUUGCAUUGGCUUUAGUUGUGAAAGAAAGCUUCAAGAUCUAUUGUGCUAUCAAUGAUGGGAUCAUACAUCUUGUCGAUAUGUUCUUCGACAUGCCUAAACACGAUGCUAUAAAAGCUUUGAAUAUAUACAAAAAAGCGGGGAAACAGGCCGAAUACCUUGCUGAGCUCUAUGACUUUUGCCGACACUUAGAUAUUGCAAGGAAUUUUCAGUUUCCAACAUUGAAACAGCCACCACCUUCGUUUCUUACGACAAUGGAGGAAUAUAUAAGGGAAGCUCCUUCAAUAGGUUUGCUUUCGAUUGAGAGACUGGAAUACGAGGAUACCGAAGAAGAGGAGGAACGAACUGAAGAAACUGACUCUCAAGAAAACGAGAAUAACGAUGAACAAGUUGAAGAAAAAGAAGCAUUGCUAGUUGAUGAUUUACUAGGAUUGCAUGAAAUUAACCCAAAUGCUAAGGAAUUAGAGGAAAGCAAUGCAAUGGCCCUUGCCAUUGUUGAAAAUGGACAUGAUCAUCAAUCCUCGUCCAUGGACUGGAGUGAGAUCCAAAAGGCACCAGGAUGGGAGCUUGCACUAGUCGACUGUAACAUCAACAUUAGUGUCAACACUUCACAGGCUAGAUUGGGUGGCGGAAUCGACAAGUUCUUACUAGACAGUUUAUAUGAGGAUAAUGCUGCCAGAAAACAAAUACAACUCCAAAAUGCUGGAUAUAACACAAGCUACGGAUACAAUAUGCAAUAUAAUCCUUUUGAUCAAAAACCAUUAGCACAAGAUCCAUUCAUGAUGAUGAACCAACAACAACAACCAUAUAGUAACCAAUAUCUGCAAUUGUAUCAACAACCACAACUCUAUCCACAAUCACAACCAUAUCAGCAACAGAAUAUGUUAGUACCAUACAAUAACGGGCAUGCUAGGAGUACUUCAAAUCCAUUUGGAGACCUUUAUGAGUAUCCUCAAAGUAUUACACCGUCACAUGGGAAUCAUGGGUUACUCUAG